AUGUCGGCGAUUUACAACCUCGAGCCACAGCCGACAGGCUCGGCGAUCCUGCACACGACGCUGGGAGAGAUCCACGUCGAGCUCUUUGCGAAGCAGACGCCGCUAACGUGCCGCAACUUUCUGCAGCACUGCCUUGAUGGCUACUACGACGGCACCAUCUUCCACCGGCUUGUCCCCAACUUUAUCGUGCAGGGCGGUGAUCCCACAGGAACCGGAAACGGUGGCGAGUCAAUCUACGAUGGAGGCGCCUUUGGCGGCGAGCUGGACCCCUGGCCCAUGGACCAGAGACAAGGACAGAACGCAGGGCCCAAUGGCAUCAACUUCAAGGACGAAUUCCAUUCCCGGCUCAAGAUCAAUCGACGCGGCAUCCUGGCAAUGGCCAACGAGGGGAAGCCCGACACAAACGGCAGCCAAUUCUUCUUUACGCUGGACAAGGCAGAGGAGCUCAAUGGCCGGAAUACAAUGUUUGGUCGGGUCGCCGGAGACACAAUCUACAAUCUGGCAAAGAUUGGCGAAUCCGAAAUCGACGAGGCGACCGAACGACCGUUGUACCCAGUCAAAAUUACAAGCGUAGAGAUCUUGGUUAACCCGUUCGAUGACAUGACGAAGCGAUCGAGAGUGGCACAAACACAAGUAAAGCCAAAGGUGGACAAGGAGAAGAAGAAGAAAAGGAAGGGUGGAAAGCAGCUGCUGAGCUUUGGAGAUGAAGAGGGCGACGAAGAAGUGCCCGUGUUCAAGAAACCCAAAUUCGACACGAGGCUCAUCAUGGAAGAGGAAAAGGGGGCCUCGACAUCUCAGGACAAGAGCUCAAAGUCAAAGCCCUCCAAGCCUAAAGCCUCAGAUGAGCAAGCGAGUGAGACCCGAACGACUCAUGAUAAAGGAAAGGAGCCAGCUGUAGAUAUCAUGGAUAAUGACGAAGAGGAGGAGGAGAGACAACGAGUUAUACCCACACCCAAGAAGCGCAAAGAGCCGUCCCCCGAGCCAUCACCCGAGCCGGAACCAGUCCAGGAAAAGAGUGCUCUAGAAAAAGCUAAUGAAGAAUUGGCCGCUCUCAAGGCUUCCAUGAGGAGGACAAUUCAUUCUGGGGAACCUGUCCAGGAGAAGAAAAAGACGGCACUAGAGUCAAUGAUACCUGAGACGUCUAUACGGGGAAGGAAACGACGGCCUGGAGGCAACAGCACUGCGACAAAUGAAGAUCAGGCAUCUCUUCGCAUAUUAAAAGCGUUCCAAGCGAAGCUCGACAAGGCUCCGCCAUCCAAGGAGGUGGCCACCGAGACCCCCGUUGACAAUGAGCAAGGCGAGGCAGAGAAGCCCUCGCAAGAUGACGAAGCAGAGCUGUGCGAUUUGCAUUUUAUUGCAAACUGCCAAAGCUGCACGUCUUGGGAUAAACAGGAAAACGACGACAGCGACGACGAAGGCUGGAUGUCUCACGCGCUUUCAUUUGCGGCUGACAAGCUGGGUAAGGACCUAAGCAACCGAAGGAAAGCUGAAGAGGAGUUGGUCGUCAUAGAUCCGCGGGAGAAGUCACGGACACUGAAGGAGGAGAAACGGGCUGAGCGAGAGGCUCGGGCUGGCGGGUCUGGAAGGGCAUGGGAUCAGGCACGAAACGCCCAAAUGGCUAAAGCUGCUUCUUUGGCCGGUAGAGGAGCAAAAUGA